CGGCACUCGAUAACGUGCAGUCGUUGUGGACAAACGCACUCUCCGCCGAACGCAAUUUGGCCGUUUACAAUUGGUUUAUUUUUUAUUUUUGUUGCUGUUAUCGUUUGCUUUGUUGUGAUCGCGUUCUUCUUGCAAAAGCCGUUUGCUAUCGCUGCAGUGUUGACAAAUGUGUGUCUUUGCGAGUGAGUGCUUGCAACAACAUUGUUACCUGCGGCACGCGUAAGCAAAUGCUUGAAUCUCCGCUCAACUGUGUGUUAGUCAUGAUCGUGAUUCGUUUGUUUCAACAUUUGAAUCAUCCAACGGACUGCAAUAAACCGCUUCCCGCUCCCCACCCUUGCUCACCUGUUGCGCUCAGCAUUCAUGAAUAAUCCAGCGGCAAUCGUGUGAGAGGUGAGAAAGAGCAAGCGAGAGAGAGGGCGACAGAGCACGCAUCUCGAAUUGUUUACAUUUAGUCAGCGCAGCGCAGCUCAGUUCGAGUUGAGUUCGAGUUCGAGUUGAGUUCGAGUUAAGUGGAAUUAUGAGUAAUAUUCACCUUAAUGCGAUUGAGCCUUGAAUUGGCUUUCGUUUCGGUAUUAAAUUGAGUCUUCUGACUGUGUCGAUUGUGGCAACUAUUUCGCCCUAUCAGCGAUUACGUAAAUAAUAAACAAACGAUAAGAAUUGCGAACAGACAUCUGUGAAUUGUGAUUUGUGAUCGGUGAUCAGCUUAGUUUUUGGUAAAUCGCAUUCAGAUCGUGAAUGUCAACACAGCUGGACAAAUCGGGUGUACAACAAACCGCAAAAAGCAAUCGCAUGUGCCACACACACAGACACCACUGAACAAGAAUGAGUGACGACACAAUAACAGCAAGCAGUCUGGGGUAUGGCGAUGACUUUAUGCCGGCGACUCCAGCGAUCGACAGCGGCCUGAUCGAUGCGGACGAGAGCGGAUUCUCGCAGUCGUUGCUGACCUUUGCGGCAGUGAUGACCUUUCUGAUAAUGAUCGUUGGCAUCUUUGGCAACUUCCUGACAGUUGUCGCUCUGCUCAAGUGCCCCAAAGUGCGCAAUGUUGCCGCCGCCUUUAUAAUCAGUCUCUGUAUCGCUGAUCUGCUCUUCUGCGCACUGGUGCUGCCGUUCCAGGGACUGCGCUUUGUGCAGGGCACCUGGCGCCAUGGUCAGGUGCUGUGCCGACUGAUCCCAUUCAUACAGUACGGGAAUAUUGGAGUGUCGCUGCUGUGCAUAGCGAUGAUAACGAUCAAUCGGUAUGUGAUGAUCACCCAUCAUGGGAUCUAUGCGAGAAUCUAUAAGCGACAUUGGAUCGCUGUAAUGAUCGCCGCCUGCUGGCUGGUAUCCUAUGGGAUGCAGUUGCCAACGCUGAUGGGUGCCUGGGGUCGAUUCGGCUACGAUGCACGACUCCAGACAUGCUCCAUAAUGAGUGAUUCGCAUGGGCAUAGCAGCAAGACGACGCUGUUUAUUACCGCAUUUGUGAUACCCUGUUUGGUCAUCAUUGCGUGCUAUGCGAAAAUCUUUUGGGUUGUUCACAAAUCGGAGCAGCGGCUCAAGCGUCAUGCCAAGAAACAGAACUCCAUACCCAAUAAUCUGCGUGGUGUGGCAGCAACAACAACAACAACAGCUGCAGCAGCAGCUGGACUCGAUAAUCAAUCGAUGCAAUCAAAUCCAAAUCCAGCAGCCAACAGUCGUGUGUCCUCCGACAGCAGCAGCAGCUAUUCGUCAGAUGUGGCUGUGCCGCCCGAGCUGAAUCCGAGCAAGCAACAACAGCAACAGCAGCAGCCAACUCGGGUCAAGGAUCAGCGCGAAGUGAGGGCGAAGAGGAACGAGUGGCGCAUCACAAAAAUGGUGUUGGCCAUCUUUUUAUCGUUUGUCAUCUGCUAUUUGCCGAUAACGAUUGUCAAGGUGGCCGACAAGCAUGUGGAGCAUCCCAGCUUGCACAUCUUCAGCUACAUCAUGCUGUAUUUGUCCGCCUGCAUCAAUCCGAUCAUCUAUGUGAUCAUGAACAAACAGUAUCGAAAGGCCUACAAAACGGUUGUCCUGUGCCAGCCGGCGCGACUCCUGCAUCCAUUUGGCAAGACGAACGGGGGGGCAAGCAGCGCGGGAGAGAAAUGGAAAGAUACCGGAUUGAGCAACAACCACAGCCGCACCAUUGUCUCCCAGAUGUCCGGCGGCGCAGCAGCAACGGCAACGGCAACAGCUGCAGCAAUGGCCCCCAAAACGAUAUCCGAUUGCCAACCCUGCCACAAACAGCAGCAGCAACAGCAGCCGGCAAUGGCAAUGGCAACGGCAACGGCAACGGCACUGGCAACUCCAGUCCCACAAUCGUUGGAGCUACAAUCCCGCUGUCCGGAUUUGUUAAGCAGAACGAAUGCGAAACCAUUGAUUAUGUCCCCAUCCCCAUCACUGGCGACGCCGCCGCCGCCGUCAGUAAUGGUGGCCAAGCUGCCGCCCAAGAGGAGCAAUCACUCCUACAUCAACAACGGCUUCAACAUCAACAGCAGCAGCAGCAACAGCAGCAACACCAGCAGCAGCCUAAGCAAUCCCAGUCCCGUUUAUCGCCCCGGAGCUGGCUGCCCAGCUCCAUCGUCGCUGCGUCGCAUCACCAUGGUGGGGGACGACAUCAUCUUGGAGGAGGAAGAGUUGCCCGCAACGCCGCCCAGUCCCAGCAAAAUAACGAAAGCGCCCAUCUACAUGAACGUGAACAGUCCAAAGAGAAUGCAAAUGCAAAUGCAAUCUUAUAGCGUUAAUACGAAUGCACCGGUCAAGGAUGCACUGCAGCAACAGGAUCAGCAGCAACAGCAGCAGCAGCAGCCCGAUAAGGAUGCUACUAGCAAAGUGCUCAUCACAAAGUUUGCAAAUCCAAAAGACUAACGAAAUGCUUUAAUUCCAAAUAUCGUAAAUGUUACAUUCCCUCCUCCUUCCCCAAAAAAAAAAAAAAAUUACAACCCAUGUGCAUAUCGUAUAUAUAUUGUGCACUCAAUAUCGUUUACGGUAUGCUUGCAUAUAUAUAAAACAAAUAUGUAAAUGUUGUUGUUUAUUGUAUAUGAUGAUAGUAUAUAGUAAAUGUGUACGAUACGAUAUUCGCUUACGAUAUGCGCACACACAAUUGUUCAUAUCAGGCGUAUAUCGUACACUCAAUAUCGCUUACGAUAUUAUAAUUUCUGUUUAUUGUAAAUGAUUCACAUAUAUCGUAUGCUCUUACGGUAUUUUGUAAUCGUGCCUACUUUUAACUAUUUAUCGUUGCCCACACUUAGUAUUAACCAAGCCAUCUCCAAACACCGCGCCCAACACUCUAAUUACACCUACAAUUGAUAUCGAUAUCGAUAAUUCAUAUAUCUAUAUAUAUAUUAUCGAUAUACAUAUCUCUGCAUAUCCCUCCAUGUAGCAUUUUUGAUGCACAUUUGCGUCUUGGGCACGGUGCACGCAAUUGUCGAUUAUGCUUUCGACUAUAAUGUUUUUUUUUUAUAUAUUAUUAUUACAUAUUUUGGUUUAAUACUAUUUAUAAAAUAUAUUUGUGACCCGAAAUUCUUCCUUUUUUUUUUUUGUGCACACAAUCUUGUUAAGAUCUGAUUGGCUUGGGGUUAGUUUGUGUCCUUGUGCCUCAGUUUAGAAUGAUUAUAACAAUGUAGUAAUAGUAUAUAGUAUGCCAUAAAACAUUCCAUUUAGACCUACCUACUUACUCUAUGUUUGUACCUAAUUUAGAUCACACACUAAACUAUAUAUUUCUAUAUAUACAUAUAAACAAAAGCAAAAAAAAAAAGACAGCAACGACAGAGAGAUGCACUUCAAACAAUCGAAUAUACAAUAAUACUUAUGAAAAGCCUAUUUCAAUCUCAUUAUUUACGUAUUUUAUUCAAUCUACAUAUAUGCAAAUAUGAAUUAUUUUAUAAUGCAUUUUCUAAUCUUUGCUGUGCCUGCUUAUCUCUAAGGAAAGAGAGCGACACAAGUACGCCCAACGGAUUUGUUGAUGCACAUACAGACCACAUAUAUAUAUAUAUAUAAUAUAAUACAUAAUAUAUAUAUACAUAUGCACAUAUACAUACACAUACGAGUAUGCUGCUAUCAGUUGUUGGCCUGUUUUUUCGCCCAAAAUAUUCGCUCUUUGUCGACAAUCGUCACUCGAUAAUUAAAACGCCUCCAUUAAAAUAUUCAAA